AUGAAUGCACGCCGGGCCCUACUCUCCGCCGCCUUGUUCGCCAGUCUCCUCUGGGAUUUACCUUGCUGCCUCCCGGCUUCCCUCCCCGCCGCCUCGGAGCUCGCCGCCUCCUCCAAAGGUGGUCGCAGCCGCAGGGUGCCGCGGUCUCCACGAGAGAACCGCCCGCGGCAAGAGGGACACGCCAUGGGCCGGGCGCUCCCACGGGCAGAACCCCACGAGUACAUGCUGUCUCUGUUCAGGACUUACUCCAUCGCGGAAAAACUGGGCAUCAACGCCAGCUUUUUUCAGUCGUCCAAGUCCGCCAACACCAUCUCUAGUUUUGUAGACAGGGGACGAGACGAUCUCUCGCCCGCUCCCUUGAGGCGGCAGCAGUAUGUGUUUGAUGUGUCGACCCUCUCGGAGACGGAGGAGCUCGUGGGGGCCGAGCUGCGCCUGUUCCGCCGGCCCCCCCGCGGCCGCCCGCCGCCCGCCGCCCCGCUGCAUGUGCAGCUCUCCGCCUGCCUCUCGCCGCGGCCCCUGGACUCCCGCGCCCUGGACCCGCGGGCGGCCUCGGCCACCGGCUGGGAGGUGUUCGACGUGGGGCAAGGCCUGCGGGAGCAGCGGCCCUGGAAGCGGCUGUGCCUGGAACUGCGGGCCUCUGCGGACCGCGGGCCGCGGCGCUGGCUGGACCUGCGAGGCCUGGGCUUCGGGCGGCGGCCCCGGCCGCCGCAGGAGCGGGCGCUGCUGGUGGUCUUCACCCGCGCCCGGCGGCGGAGCCUCCUCGGGGAGCUGCGCGCCGAGCUGGGCGCUCCGCCGCCGCCCGCUGCCCGCCGCCCGCCGCCCCGGCGCCAGCGCCGCGCCGCCUUCGCCAGCCGGCACGGCAAGCGGCACGGCAAGAAGUCCCGUCUGCGCUGCAGCAAGAAGCCGCUGCACGUCAACUUCAAGGAGCUGGGCUGGGACGACUGGAUCAUCGCCCCACUGGAGUACGAGGCCCACCACUGCGAGGGGGUCUGCGACUUCCCGCUGCGCUCCCACCUGGAGCCCACAAACCACGCCAUCAUCCAGACCCUCAUGAACUCCAUGGACCCCGGCUCCACGCCGCCCAGCUGCUGUGUCCCCACCAAACUGACUCCCAUCAGCAUCCUCUACAUCGACGCCGGCAACAACGUGGUGUAUAAGCAGUACGAGGACAUGGUGGUGGAGUCCUGCGGCUGCAGGUAG